AUGACACCCCUCGACUGCGACAUGGCUCCUGCAGCUUCUCCCAAGAAGCACCUCUCGCGGUCGCGGCCUCUCCCUCGUCACUGCUGCUUGAUGACCUUGAUCCUUGCACUGGCGACGACCGCCGCGGUGGCCAGCGCGCAGCUGUCGUCGGAGGACUACUACGACGCCUCCUGCCCCGCCGCCCUCCUCACCAUCAAUACCGCCGUUUCGACGGCCGUGCUGCUGGACAGCCGCAUGGGGGCCUCCCUUCUCCGCCUCCACUUCCACGACUGCUUCGUGCAGCUGGGAGGACCAUCGUGGUCGGUUCCCUUGGGCAGGAGGGACGCCACCACGGCGAGCGCGUCCCUGGCCAACAGUGACCUGCCCGGACCCACCAGCAACCUCAACGGCCUCCUCAACGCUUUCUCCAACAAGGGUUUGAGCAGCACCGACAUGGUUGCCCUCUCAGGUGCCCACACCGUCGGCCGGGCGCAGUGCAAGAACUUCCGGGCCCGGAUCUACAACGACGCCGACAUCGACGCCACCUACGCGGCGUCGCUGCGGGCCAGCUGCCCCGCGCAGGCCGGCGGCGCCAGCGACGGCGCGCUCGAGCCGCUCGACGGCUCCACGCCGGACGCCUUCGACAACGCCUACUUCGGCAACCUGCUCUCCCAGCGCGGCCUGCUCCACUCCGACCAGGCGCUCUUCGGCGGCGGCGGUGGCGCGACGGACGGCCUCGUCAGAACCUACGCGUCCAGCGCCGACCAGUGGGGGAGCGACUUCGCCGCGGCCAUGGUCAAGAUGGGCAACCUUAGCCCGCUCACCGGCACCGACGGCGAGAUCAGGGUCAACUGCCGGAGAGUGAAUUAA